CAAAUACAAACAAAGACUUGCCUGUUUGCCUUUACCUGUUUGCCUUACCUACUUACGGUCCAAAUAUAUAAGAUAAAUCAAUCCCGGCACGGGAGCACACUCUGCACUCAAAUACAAUCCAUGAUCAUGAAUGCCACCGACAGAGCCUCAACGCUCGACAAAUGGGCGGCAGCACCGCCGCUGUGGCUCACGAUGUCUUUCAGAAACGAUAGCGAUGGGACGUCCCUGAAUCGCUGUCUUGAACCUGGCUGCGGCAAGACCUUCGUGCGGGCCUGUGACCUGAACAAGCACGAGAAGACGCAUUCCCGGCCCUGGAAGUGUUCUGAGGCGGAUUGCAAGUACCACGUCCUCGGGUGGCCCUCCAAGAAGGAGAUGGACCGCCAUUUCAGUGACAAGCACGCGCCUGCUCCUAUCAUGCACCGGUGUCUCUAUGCUCCGUGUCCGUAUAUCUCAAAACGAGCGUCGAACCGCGACCUGCACAUGGAGAAGAUCCAUAAUUGGGAAUACAAGCGCUCUAAAGUGACCAAGAGAGGCAAAGGAGCUUCUCUGAUAUCCGCAGCAUCAAAUGCAAGACCGACAGUGCCCCAACCACCACGGGUCCUCAAAUCACCCAGUCCUCUGCUUGACAGGCCAAAUCCGACAGAGACGUCACGGGUCUCGGCCUCAGCUGUGACCUACGUUCCAGCUGCUCCACCACCACCGCGCGAGGUGUUUACGAGCCACGAGGUUCGAAUCCGCGAUGCGAGCAUCUCACCAUCGCAGAAACGCGCAGCCGCGCCGUCGCCACCCCGCGCUGCUGAAGUUGAUGUGCCUAAGCAGGUCCACGAGACUCGGAAGGAGGAGAACCCCCGGCUCCAGGCCUACAUGUCGAUGCUUGAGAGACAACUCCGCAAUGCACCGCGAGGACAGGAUGAGCCAGAGAAGGAGAGAGCGGAGAGCAGGCAGGACGCAUACCCAACGCGUGCAGCCAAGCGUCUCUGCACCGAGGACGACAGGACCGCAUCUACCGCGACUCUGGCACCAUUGAAUCCCGGUCCGCGACGCGCAUUGACGGUCGAGUCAACAACGGCAUGCUCGGACGGCGAAAGCAACGGGCGCAGUUCCAGCAGCGGAGACCCCCGCGACAGAGCGGCUGUUCGGCGUGUUCGCAACGCCAUGGCGGCCCGCAAAUCGAGAGAGCGGAAACAGCAACGGCUGGAGGAGUUGGAGGUCGAGCUCGAGGAGAUGAGGCGCGACCGCGAUCAUUGGAAGGGUCUAGCCCUUGCUCAGGCGGCGGCGGCGAAAAGGGAGAAUUUAUAGCCGAGCGGGCAGCGAGCGGGCCAUCCCUCUGUUUGAUUCAUUCGGCUUCGGGACUAU